AUGGCUUCCUAUGACUCCCGUAGCCUUGACGAGCUUGGCAUUGACCGCCUCGAUGUUGGCGUGGGUUGCCGAUGGAGGCUAACGGUGGAGCGACUCGAGGAACACCCGCUCGUCCUCCAAGGCGAUGACCACAUGCGCCACCCCCUCCACCACCUCCCUUAUGCCCUCCUGUUAGGCCCCGUAGAGCUCGUACUCACGGUCGUAGGUGUAUGCCUGCUCCGCCUCGAACGCGACCCGCGCUUCAAGCUCCGCUCUGUUCGGAUAAUCCAGAUAGCGGGUGCUGGCGAAAAAGCGGCUCCAGGUUGGCGUCUUAACGAACUUAGUAAAGAAUUUUUUAUGACGCAUUUCGAGCACGGCCAUUGCAUGACCCAACCGAUCCAGCAACCAACCUCUCUCCAGGUUACUACAUACGUACUCUACAAACCCCAACCUAAACCUCGCCGUGGUCUCCUACAUAUACGUCCUAAGAAAGCUCCGCCAUGCAGCAGCAGCAGCAACAGCGCCAGGAGUUCACCGCCGUACCAAGCAAUCUCGACGAUGGUGGACCGCCGCUGCCGCACCUUCACCGUUGCUGCGACGCUCUGCCUCGUCUUCUUUGCGCACGGCGCCAUGGCGCGGCCUGUAGCCAGCACGGCGACAAUAGCGACGGCGCCGGCGACGGCGAUGGAGAUGCCGAUGGACGUGCCCGAUGCAGCAGCGGCGUCUCCGGAGGGAUCGUCCGCCACGUGGGAGCGCGGGGACGAGGCGCUCGGCGCCGGGAAGUGGCUGCCGCUGCCGGCGCUAACGGGCGGCCUGCGGUUCCCGGGGGUCUUCCCGCUCCCUGCGGCGGGCGGCGGGAUCGCGUCGAUGCCGUGGAUCGGCGGCGCGCCGCCGGCGCUGGCGGUCCCGGCCGGAGGAAUCCCUGCGCUUGUGCCGCCGUACGUCGGCGCGACGCGGCAGGAGCAGGUCAGCGUGUGGGCGUCGCUGUUCAACCCGUUUCAGGUCAAGGUGCCGUCGUCGACGUCGGUGCAGGUGCACUCGGAGCCGGGCUCGAGGGUGCCCGCCGUCGCCGGGGCGGGGAUGGAGAGGACGACAGCGGUGGACCAGCCGGCUGGCGUCGGCGCGCAGGUCGGCGAGCCCAAGUGGGGCGUCUUCCUGGGAACAACUACUCCGAAUAUCAACGGCUAG